AUGACCGGAGCAUCGCAGGUGCGCUUCGCCGGAGCGCUGCUCACGCUUUGCUAUUCGGUCCGUUGUCAUGCUGCAGUGCUUGGCGAGGAGCCAUGCUGUGCGGCAGACACAAACGUGCUGCUCCAACAGCGCCAUGAGAGCCCAAGUGUGCGGUUGGCUGAGUUAAUCCAGCUCUCAGAUGAUCCAUCCAUGGCGGAGUAUGAGAUUGAUGAGCCUCGUGGGCAGGUCGUGGACGUCAACUUUGGAACCAACUUCAGUCCCAUGAAGCCGACGGGUGACAACUUUCUCGUGCUUGUCGAUCCGCUCCCGGAUGUUUGCGACAAGUUGUCAAGCCAUAUGCAUGACAACAAGCAUGUGGCGGUCUUGUGCUGCGCAGUGUCCAAUUACACGGGCACUGCCCAAUUCCUGAAGUACAAUUCCGCUGGGAUCUCUUCGUCCUUGACGCCGACGACGAACGGGACCAGCCAUGAACGAUUCGCAGUUGAUCAGAAGUUCACUGUGAAGGUUAUGAAAGCCGCAGACAUCCUGGCCGCCUACUUGGCCAAGGGGAACCGUGUGUACAAGCUCAAGACAGAUAUGCAAGGUUCGGACAUGACGGCACUGAAGAACCUCCGGCCAAUACUCUCAAUGCCAGAUCAGGUGACUCACAUCAAGUCCGAGUGCUUCAUCCCGGAUGCACAGGGCAGGCAGAUCUAUCAGAUUGACAACAAUUGUGCCACGAUGAAAGCAUACCUUGAGGGCCUUGGCUACACAGUCAAGAUGCUGGAAAAUAGAAAGAUCCACCCAGAUAGCGGCGAUGUAUACGCCUUCAAGGCUCCAGCAACGAACUACUUGGACCUGCAGGACUGGGAUGGCCCGGAGAUCUAG